UGCCGUCAGAUUUGCGAUUGUGAAGUUGUAAGCUAUGUUUUGUGGUGAUUUCAAUUUUAGUGUUCGUAUAUAGUUAUGUUUGUAUGGUGUAACACAUCCAUGUAAAUGUUUACUGGUUUUUUGAGUUGUUACCAUGAUGCCUGGGGAGAGCCAUAAAAAAUCGUCAGGAUUAACCUCAGGAGUUUGUCAAAAUUGCACAGUUCUGCAUCAGAACUUAAAGGAAUACGUAGCGGCAUUGCUGAUAUUGGAACGAAAGAUAAUUGACACAGACCAUCUGUUGACUGAAUACCAGGAGAAAUGUGAUGAGCUUCAGAAAUCUCAAAGGGAGACCAGUAAGCUUCAUCAUGAACUGGAUGAGCUGUUGUUGAAAAUGGUCCCAUUAGAAAAGCAGAAUGAGGAGUGUGAGGCAAUGCGAGCUGAACUGGAAGAAAAGAAUAACUCUCUGAAAAAGUUUCAGCAGACAUCGGAGGAACUUGACAGACUGAAGGAAGAGAGCACAAAGUUACUCACUUCAAAGAAGAACCUUGAAAAUCAGUUAAAAACAUUUGAAGAUUGCAGCAUCAAGAAAGACUGUGAAAUCAUACAACUAAAAAAAGAGAAGAACAAAUUGGAGGAAAGUCUUCACACAACUCGGAAAAAUCUGGAAGAACUGGAGAUAAAGUGUCAGAGAGAUUUAAGGAAUGUUGCAACUGAAACAAACUUUCCUGAAGAGCCAAAAAUUGACAAAACUAAAGUCAAACAGCUUUUAGAAGAACUUUGGAUGUGCAUAGAGCCCCCAUCCUUACAAGCUACAAGCCAACUGCACUUUACUGGCAUUCCUUGCGAGUCAUCAGAUUAUUGCAAUGACCACUUGAAGCCUUGCAGUGUGUUGGUGCAAGGGGCAGAAGCUACAAAUACUAGAAAAUCCCAGAAAAGAAACCGGGCAUCAGGAGAGUUCCUGUAUAGUGAUACCUUCACUGAGAAAAAGACAUCCCCUCGAAAGAAAAUCGAGAAAAAGACACCCCCACCGAAAGGAAACCAUGAGGAGGACAUUGAUGAGAUAUUAGACUGCUUCAAGCCUCUGCCUCCUCUUCUGUCUCCAGUGAUCUUUACCUCACCUGAGGAAGCACUGUUUGGAGAUGUGUCAGAUUCCAGUGAUGAUGAGAAAUUUGAUGAUGUCUGUCAGGGCAUUGAAUUGUCCACAAUGGAGACCACUGACAUGUCAAUGCUGUUAGCCCCAGCUGACAAUGGCGUCCUGGACUUUUCAACUCCUUGUGACACACUCGCAAAAUUGUGUGAAAAUUCCAUGGAUGAGGAAAUGCAUGUAUCGCAAUCAGAGAUUCAAAUCUGUGAACUAAAGAAGGAGAAGAUUGAACGUGCUGAUGAAUCUGUAGUGUACACUUCAGAUGACGCUGUGAUGGAUGGAUUGUCAGGAUCAUCCUCCAAGUCUUUUGUUUUGACUGUGUCCAGCAUUGUAUCAACCGAGCAGUCUAUCCCUGAACACACUGGCAGUGUAAGAAAUAAGUGCUCAGAUGCUGAAGAUAUGGGGGUUGAGGAAACUCCACAUAAGAAAAAAGAAAUGUAUGCUGAAGUUAAUUGUGAGAAAGCAUUUCCAAUAUUGCAGAACAAACAUACAGGCAACCACCAAGUCAGUUGUGCCACUCCGGACAGUGAAUCUAUUCUAGGACCACAAUUAUCCCCUCUUCGAGUGAACAGUGAUUACUUUGGACAUAGUAAAGAUGUUGAUGUGCAUUCAGACACUCCCACAUGUUUUGGUAAUUUCAUUCCAGGCUCUCUUUCAAAUAGUUUCACUCAAUCACAGGAGUGCAAUGAAACUGAAUAUCAGAACCCCCCAUGUACUUCAACUAAUGAUGACACCAAAUCAGAGCAGAGUGUGGUAAAAACCAGAUCUGAAGUAAAUCCUACUGACGUCCCAGGAGAAAGCUUUUGUUUUCCUUUGGACAAUAGUCAGAUAAAUGCGAAUGUGUUGGAUUUGGCAGGACAAUCCCCUGGUUAUUUUGCUGUACAGUCUGUGUCCUGCAUUGUAUCAACCGAGCAGUCUAUCCCUGAACACACUGGCAGUGUAAGAAAUAAGUGCUCAGAUGCUGAAGAUAUGGGGGUUGAGGAAAAUACACAAAAGGAAAAGGAAUUAUUUGCUGAAGUUAAUUGUGAGAAAGUAUUGCCAAUAUUGCAGAACGAACAUACAGGCAACAACAAAGUCAGUGCCACUCCGGACAGUGAAUCUAUUCUAGGACCUCAAUUAUCCCCUCAUCGAGUGAAAAGUGAUGACUUUGCACAAGAUGUUGAUGUGCAUUCAGUAACUAAUGAUGAUGCCAAAUCUGAACAGACUGUGUCAAAAGCCUUACCUGAAGUCAAUACUUCUGAUGACCCAGAAGAAAGCAUUUGUUUUUCCGAGGACAAUCAUCGGUUUAAUGCAAAUUUGCUUGAUUUGGCUGAAAGCACUUCUCCACACUGUCCAAAUGAUGGAAUCGGUCGACCCAAAGACACAAGUGCUUCAGAUUCAGAGAUAUGUACUGGACCAGAGGUCAGUUUGACUCCACCCUCUGAGCUAGUAACUACCAGUGAGCUACCAGAUUCUGCAGAUUGGAAAAAACCUUUGGAUAUUAUGCAGAAUGAAGCUCUCUCUGAAGUGUCGAACUAUGUAAUGGAAAAGGCAUUUACAACAAAGGAAUGUGGGAAACCAAAUGAAAUUGAUGUGAAUGCAUCUAGAAAGCUAGAUUUAACACACACUGAUAACCCCUUGGCCAGGUUUCCAUCUUCUAGUGACAUAAAACCUCUCGUGGAAGCUGACUCCACUCCUGCAGAAUUUCCGGCAGGUGAAGAAAACAUCAAAGGAAGUAGUUCUAAUGAUCCUGAAAAAUACAAAGAAUCAUCAGAUGAACAGGAGAGUUUUGGACUGCAGAGGAAAGUUAAAACUAUCUACCAGCGUGCUGGAAACCAAGCAUCAACUGAGAGCGAAAAUGAUUUAAUGAGGCCUGAGCAAGAUUCAGUUGCAACGCAUGAGGAUUCUAGGAAAAAUCCAGGAGCAAGCUAUGAACCACAGGAAACCCCUUCUGAGAUGAGUACAAAAGACUCCUCUCUGGUGGAACUUGAUUUAUCACCAUAUGGUACACAAGUAGAGGCUAAUGAGAAUGACAUUCCAAUAGAAGAAACAUUUACAGGAAUGCUAUGUGAAAAUCAAGUGUUGGAUGACAUUGAAGAGCCCUUAAAAAAUAAAAAUCAAGAACGUAAAAGCAAUCUAAACCAGUCACACAAACUAAUUGACCAGGGAUGUAGUUUGUCUCCAAAAAUCUCAGUGGUGAAAGAAAGGCAAUGUUCCCUGCAGGCAGAUGACCAAAUUGAUGAAAACACAGCAAAUAAAAUAACACAAGAUAACACUAACAGACCAGAGGAUCUGAAGAAGUAUUUCCUCAGCAACAGGAUGGACAUUCCCACAGGUGAUUCCCAGCCAGCGACUUUCAGAAAUCCUGCUCUUCCCAGGCACAAAAGGCAACAUUCUGAUAAUGGGCAGGAGAGGUGUCUGAAUCUGAAAGAUCAUCCCAAAUUGACAAAUCCACCCAUGUUAAUUACAGCUAAUAAUUCCAUCCCAGAAAAGUCUCCAGAAUCUAUAAGGAAAGUUCGCUUUGAAAUGGGGCCACCUCUCCCUCCUCUUCUUAAUCCCCUGACAGUUACUCCUCCAAGAUUUAGGACACAGGAGUUAAAGGCUCUUCCUCGCAUUGUCCAUUCCAAAGAGUUGUCCAUUCUUUCAAAUGAAGGAACACCAAUACAAGAGAAUUUAAUGGCACCCCUCAUGUUACCACACUCAAAUAUGAAUUCUCCAUGUUUGUCCAUAUCAUCUGCUGAUGAUGCAAAACGAAGACGAGUUAUUUCUUCCCCACUGCAGUUCAGCACAUCAACUCCGAAACAUGCUGUUCCCGUUCCUGGGAGGCUUCCCCCCUCAGCAUCAAAUCCAUCCAGCUCAUCACCUGGUGCUUCUCAGGAGAACUCUGUGAGAAUUCUGGACACAAUGUAUCCAGAACUCUCUGCCCGGGCACGGACUCUCAACAUUCUGCGAGGCUCUGUUAAUCUCAAUAGGUGUACACCCGAUACUGGGACAACGGCACCAGAUUCUGUCACUCAGAUAUCCCGAUUCAAGGCUGUCAGUUCUUCCAGGGUAUUUACUAAAACGGAACAAUCUAAUGAAGGUGAAAUUAGGUUUAAGCAGUCAACAGAAAACGUCGCAUCCAAAGAUGAUUCAUCAUCUCUCGUAGGUCAAUUAGGGAAAAAAACUGGAGCGAACGUGCUGUUGCCGAAAAAUGCAAAAAAACGUGACUCACCAGCCCCAACUAUGCCUCACGGGUCUCUUGUAAUGGAGGUUAGUCCGGAGGGUUCUGUUGGGACCAGGGAAGAUGGACAAGCGGGCAAUGCAACUGCCACUGCACAAAAUCCAAUAUUGGAUGCAUUAAUCAAAAUUGAAACAUCUUGUUUUGAUUUGUUGCCUGUAAUUAAGAGUCAUGUGAGCGUCAGAAGAAUUUCAACAGUGCCAGUGUUGAGAGAUGAAGAAAAAGAGGUCAUCCAUGAGUUUGCUGUGGUAAACAAGCACUUAGCAGUUGACCUGCUGUCUGCCAUCCUAGUGAAGAUGAAAACCGAGAAGAACAGCCUCUGUGGAAUGUACAUGCAGGCCCUCUGCAGGGUCUACACUGGAAUCUGUCGUCAAAGAGCAGAUUGGGAAAGAGCCCAUCUCUUCUCUUACAGUAUCUUGAAAGAAGAUUUUCCAGACUCAGCAAAACUGAUUCUGUUCAUUGUGACAACGUGGCACAAUGUCCUCUCCCAAACGGGUGUGUUAUGCAGGGCCUUGCAUGCCGUUUUGAAACUGAAGGCCCAGGAGGAUGUGUUGCACUGUUUAACUUCCUGUCUUGACUGGGAAAAGAAACCUCCAUGUGACAGUGGGACGAUAAUAAAAAGCACAUUGAUGGCGAUGAGAAUGGGAGUGAAUAUGAAAUUCCUGAAGCAUGAUCGGCAUGGUGAUGAUCUGAAUCAUGCUGCAUGGACAUACAUAUACACACUGGACCUCCUUUGUACCCAGCAGCAAUGGAAGUGGACUCAUGACAACAUAAUAUGUAAAGAACUGUGGCCCAUAAUGAACAGUUGGGUGACACAGCCAAGAGAUCGUCAGACACCCAUUAGAGACAUUUCGGUUGCAACGACUCUGAGAUUAAUUGGGCGACUUGGGCAGCUGGGUAUUAAGGAGAAGUCUUUCGCUUCUGUGAAAAAUGUUGCUCAAGUCAUCAACACGUUUGUGAGACACGGAAAAGGAGAAGGUGUCCCCUGGCCAGUUCAGUUGGCAGCAGUCUACACGAUAUACGACCUGUCGCCCAGCAACCCAAAGGAGGCCCUGGAUGCCCUGGCAGCAUGGCGAGGAGAAACCCUGGAGGCAGUGCCCCCUGCUGUCACCAGCUGCAUCACGCAGAUUGGCUCUGUGUGCCGCUACAUCUAAUCAUGAAGCCGACCGGAGGAACUCAUCUUUUAGACAUCAGUAACGCUUUCAGUCCCAAACCCAAUGUGAAGUAGCUCCACCCAAACCCCAAGGGGUUUUGGCUUUGGUUGAGAAAUUUAAGAAAAUUUAGUUGGGCUUUAAUAGGGGCUCAAAACAAUAGUUUAGCUGUCAUUUUGUUUGGUUGAAAAGCUAUGAGGUCUUUGGUAUUUUAUGGUAGUUACACAAAUGCCAUAUGAAACUCUUCGGACUGAAACCAUUAAUGCGAACAUCCUCUUGUCUGUUGCCAUGUUAUUUUCUGAAAGCUGCUGUCUCCCACCCUCUCUUAUUCAUAAUUACCUUUUUUUAUAUUGACCACAGGCUAUAUUUAUAGAUUUUGCCUUUAAAAAAUAAAAUGUGAAAGUUUUUUGGUUUGUUUAGUGUACAUAUUUGUAAUUCAUUUUACAUAUUUAAAUUACCUUUGUUUUUGAUGUUCAGUGUAAAUGUAUUUCUGCAUAUAUUUUUGUUAAUAAAUAAGUAAAACCA